AUGGACAGUGACCUUAUGAAAUGGAACGGCGAAAGAGCCAGAACCACUGACGUACGACCGACCGACAGCAAAAACCGCCGUCGAAGCGGCGAACAACCCGAGUUGCAGCACGUGGUCAACAAAUGUGCCGCGGUCAAGCGAAAAAUCGCUCGACCAUCGCUCGAGGACCACUGUCCUCCGAAACGACCAGGAAACCGCCGUCGUCGACCCAUGGCCGCAGACGUGCAGAUGUUGGCGCCAAAAGCACGGUGUUUUCAAAAGUGGAUGAGUCGCCAAGCGGACAAUUAUUCAGCCGGAAUGCGAAUGUUUGCCCUUCCGGUCGAUUUCCAAAUAUUUACCUUAUCGUUCAUGUAG